AUGCUUACCUCUUCUAUGAUGAUUGAAAAUAUACCAUUAAUGCCAAUGACACCACAAAUUGUAAUAGAAAUACCAGAAAAUACAACUGAUGAAUUAAAUUAUAAUGAUAAAUGUAAUUUCAGUACUAGUUUAAUGAAUGAUUUAUUUAUACAAUCAAAUAAUCAUCAUUGGACAUCUGGUACAUCAAGUCCAGGAUCAUGUUAUCAAAAUUUAUUAGCACCUAAUUAUUGGUCAAUUAAUCAACAAUAUUAUCAUUCAACAAUAAGUGAAAAUUCUUCAAGUUAUGGAAAUCUUAAAGAGAAUAAUAAUUUAGAUAAACAAAAUUUAUUAAAUUAUCAAUCAUUUAUAAGUAGAACACCUUCAUCAAUAUCUAAUUUACAAUAUUUAAAUCAAAAUAGAAAUUCAUAUUGUUGUAAUAUAAAUCAGAAUGCAAUAAAAUAUUAUACAUCAAAUGAAAAUGAUAAGAAUAAUGAUUUACAACAUUCUAGUUCCAUUUCAUUAACUUCAAAUUAUAAUAUGAAUAAAUCAUUAUACUUAGAUAAUUAUAUAUGUCAACAACAACAACAACAACAGCAACAACAACAACACCGUCGCCAUCACCAUCACCACAACCCCCACCACCACCACCACCACCAACAACAACAACAACAGCAACAACAACAACAAAAACAGUACCUUCAAUCAGAUCGAUUCCCAUAUGUACAUAGAUCAUAUACAACAAAAUCUAUAAAAUCAAAUUUAAAAAAUCCAUCAAAUCGAUCAUUAAGUCCAUAUUCUUUUAAUAAUUAUCCACAAACUAUUAAUUUAUCUAAACAAUGUAUACCAUGUAUAUCAUCUACUGAUAGUCAAUAUAGUGAUAUAGAUUAUAUAAAUCAUUCUGAUAAUAUUUUAUUAUCUAAAACUAUGUUAACUAAAAUGAAUAAACAUAUAAGACGUAGAGCAUCAUCACCAUUAUCUUAUCAAAGUUUAAUGACAUCAUCACAGAUAUUAUGUAAUUCUUCAAUGACUACAAAUACCUCAUACAAUAAUAAUAAUAAUAAUCGAUCGAAUUUGAUUAAUAAUUAUCAAUAUAAUCGAUCAAUCAUUAAACAAUUCCCAUUUAUAAUACAACGUUCUAAUUCCUUACCAGAAUUAUCAACAAUCAUAAAGUAUCAUGAAUAUAAAAUCAAUUCAUCAAUAAAACAUUAUAAAAAACAAAUAAAAACUGAAUAUAAUCAAGAUUAUUGGUAUAAAUAUAAAUCAAAUAUAAUAUCUUCUAUACAAUCAAAUUAUCAUUUAUUUCAUCCAAUUGAUUUACCAUGUCAACAAAAAAAUAUUUAUUUAUCUACUAUGAUUAAUCAUCGUCGACAUACAGAAGGUUGUAGUCAUCAAUCCAAUAAAUCAUCAUUAUUAUUAUUAUCAUCAUUACAAUCAAAUCGUCGAUCAAAUUCAUUAUCUUCACAAAAUCAUUUUAAUACUAAUAUAAAUACUAAUGAUAAUAUUACUACUCAUGAAAAUAUUGUUAGUAGUAUGCGUAGUGUAAAUUUUAUUAAUAAUAAUCAUUUAAAUCAUUCUAAUCAUAUAAAAUCAUCUAUAUCAUUAAUAAGUAAUAUAAAUUUAGAUAAAAAUUCAUUAUAUCUAAGUAGUAAAUCAAUAUCUAAACAAAAUAAUGAUAUUAAUGAUAAUUCAAAUGAUAUAGAAUUGAAUAAAAAUGAUCCUAUACAAAAUAUAAGUGAAUUACAUGUGAAAAAAGGUGAUUCAUUUACACGUUGUUUAUGUUCAUUAAUUGUUUUAUUAGUAUGUAUGCAAUUAUUUCUUGGAAUUGUAUCUACUUCACUUGGUUUAUUUUUAACAUGGAAAGUACCUGAAUUAGAUCCUAUGGAAUGUGCUUAUUUAUCUGGGAUACCUCUUAUUAUCUCGGGUUUGGUUGGAACGUGUAUUUGUUUUCAGCAUAGAAUUCCUUCAAUCUCACCACAAUUAAUGAAUAUUAUCCAAAUAACAUCUGGUAUUUUAUCUUUAAGUUGUUUUAUAUUAUGUCUUACAACAAGUAUAUAUACUGGACAAAAAGAACAAUUAUUAGAACAAAGACAAGAACAACAAGAACAACAACAACAACCACAACACUCUCAACAUUUUCAACACCACCCUCAUCAAUCCCAACAUUUUCAAUACUCUCAACAACAACAACAACAACAACAAAUUACAAUCAAUACAAAAAUAAUCAAUAAAUUCAAUCAUUCCAUUUUAAUAAAUAAUUCAAUAAUACAUAAACAAUUUAUGAAACCAUGUUGUUUAGAAAUAAUUAAAAAUGUAUGUGAAUGUUUUAUCCAUUAUAAUAAACGUAUUGAAUAUUAUCAUAAUAUAUCAUGUCAUUUAUUAUUUUCAUCAAUAAAAGAUUAUAUUAUAUUACAAUCAGCAUUAAUGUGUAUUGGUUCUGGUGUAUCAUUAUGGUUAUGGUUAUUAUUUAUAGAAAAUAAAUUAAAAUAUUAUAUAAUAAAUAAAUAUACAAGAAUAAGUUUUUCAUCAACACGUAGUUAUUCUAUACCAGAAAUAUCAAUUGAACAAUAUGAGGAAAAAACUACUACUAAUAGUAGUAAUAGUAGUAGUAGUAUAGAUAUUCAUGAAACACAAUAAAUAAACUAUUUAUGAUAAUAAUAAUAAUAAUGAUCAUAGAUCAUUUAGAACAAUAUUAAAUAUUAUUUAAUUGUAUAUAAUUAACAUAAAAAAUGAAGAAACUGGAGCUAAUCGUGCAAAAGAAAUAUCUAUCACUGCUCCUCAUCCUUCUCCUUCUACUUCUACUCCUGCUCCUACUUUUUCCCUGGUCAAUUUCAAAUCCAAUUAAUCAAUAGUAUUCUGAACUAUUAGAUGAUUUAUUUUUUGUAUUCAUUAUUAUUAUUAUUAUUAUUCUUUAAUGAUAAUCAAGUAAAAUAAUCAAUAAUCAAUGAUUGUGUCGUAGAUCAUAGAUCUUCUAGAACAUGUAUACAAAUUUCAAGAAACUUAUUAUGAAUUCAAAUAAUUUACAUUUUCUAUGAUUAUUUUUUCUUUAAAAUCUGAAAUCUAUCAAAAUUCUAAUUACUUCUAUAAUCUAUAAACAAUAUUAAAUAUAAUUCAACUGUAUAUAAUGAAUAUAAGUUAUAAGGGGACCGAUGCUCUAUGUAUAAAAUAAAAUAUCUUCCACUGCUCCUCCUCCUCCUCAUCCUCCUCCUCCUCUUCCGCUGACUAAUCUCAAAGACAAUGAAUCAAUAGUAUUCUGAACUAUUGAAUAAUCAAUUUGUAUUCAUUAUUAUUAUUAUUAUUAUUCUUUAAUGAUAAUCAAAUAACAUAAUCAAUAAUCAAUAAUUGUAUACAUUUUUAUUUGAUCAGAUAAAUAAAAUUUGAUAUAAAUAUUUACAUUUAAAAUAAACAAAAGUGUUAGUUAUUCAAUUUUCAAUUUGAUGAUUGUAAAACAAUGAUCUCUCUCUCUCUCUCUCUCUC